AUGCUAUAUCAGCUACCAAUUGUUCCUUUCAAAACAAGGGCCAUUGUCCUCCGUACCAGUCCCAUCGCAACCAUGAAACCUACUCCCCCAGAUGACGAUUCGACUUCCCACACCAUCAACACGAACCAUUCCAAAACUGGAGAUCCCGGUCUGUCUUCCUCUCAUUUCUCCUUCCAGAAAUCCUCUACCAAUAUCCGCCACACCAGAAAUAAUCGUAACCGGUCACAAGAAACCCCAUCAUCAACGCUGUUGGCGAUUGCAAAGAGUCAUGCUGACGAUCCGGGGAAAUAUCAAGUGACUACCGAGACCGCAUCAUCCGGGGAAGAAGUAUAUACCAAUGAGAUGGUGAUGAAGAGGAGGAACCCGGAAAUGUCCUCUAUACAUCAACCUAACGUCACAUCUACCUCUCCAACCCUGGUUCAGAACCAUUCUAAAACGUAUGCAGUUAUGCGGGGAUCACUAAAGUGGGGUGGGGGUGAUUACCCCGGAUCGAUGGGUGGGGAUGGGCAGUAUGAUGGGUCUUGGCAGAUACUAGGAAGGGAUCCAUGA